UUCAUGAAUACAAACAAUUUGCCUUUCGGUCUUCAUUUAAAGUUCGGCACAAGGUUAGCAAUGUGUUGAAGGCUAGGGUUAAUGUUAUGUUUCAAAUCAGUGUUUAAGAAUAUAAAUUGUAGAAAUAGGCGUGGUUUAUACCUUUAUGGCUGGGGUAAGUAGUGACGACUCAGUGGUACUGCUAGCGGAACACUAGCUCCCAUAUUGAGCUUGGCUGUGAGCAGUACGGUUGUAGUAAGCUGCACAUACCCAGGGAUGGUCUUCCUUUAAUGCAUGUAAAUUAGACACAGAUGGUAAGGGUACAGUAGGUGUUUUUAUUUAGGAACAGUGCAGCAUAACUUGUUGAGAGAUGUCGACGCGGUCGGAGAGAGAGAAAGCCCAGAAACUGAAUGAGCAGCAUCAGGCCAUUCUGUCCAAAAUGCUCCGAGAGGACGACAACAAGCACUGCGCUGACUGCGAGGCUAAAGGUCCGCGAUGGGCGUCGUGGAACCUGGGGGUCUUCAUGUGUAUCCGCUGUGCUGGCAUCCACAGGAACCUGGGCGUCCACAUCUCCAGAGUCAAAUCUGUCAACCUGGACCAAUGGACCCAAGAACAAAUCCAGAGUAUGGUAGACAUGGGGAACAACAAGGCCAAACAGCUGUACGAAGCCCACCUCCCAGACACCUUCAGACGUCCACAGACCGACCAAGCAGUAGAGUUCUUCAUCCGGGAUAAGUACGAAAGGAAGAAAUACUACGACCAGAAUGGCCUCAAAACAGCUUCAAAGUCUUCUGAUGCCGCUGCCUUCUCUACCUCUCCCGCCUCACAGGCUGCUGAGAAGAACAGACAGGAGAAGGAACGAGAGAAGAAGAAGAGAGAAAAGGACCCGGAGAAAGUGAACAGACCAAGCUCCUCUGAGAAGGGAGAGAGGGGCACAGCACAUCUAGACGGGGAUUGGCUCUGGGAGGGAGAUGAGAUUCAACACACACAGAGAGAGAGAGCGAGAGACGGACGUCACACAUGUCACACCAUGUGCCAUCUCCGGUCGAUGGGAAAGAAGGCGGAGCUUCAGACAGACUCCAGAGCCAAUCCCAGGAGGACCCCCGAGCCGGCCAUCGACCUGCUCGGCCUGGAUGCACCUGCAGGUGGAGCUGCAACCAGUUCUGCUGCACCAGUCAGUGAUGAGGACAUCUUUGGUCCAAUGGUGUCCAACCCUCUGCCCUCUUCCAACAACACUCAGGCAGUCUCCAGUGCAGCCCCAGGCGCCCCAGCAGUAGCGGCGUCCGCGGGGGGAUCGGGGUGUGCUGCUGGCCCCCAGGCUAAUCUGGACCUCUUCAGUGAGAAGAACAGUAGCAGCACCAAGACAGAGGAGGGGGCCAAGAAACCCCUCUCCAAGGACUCCAUCCUCUCCCUCUACAGCAACACCACAGUCAGCCCACAGCCUGCUGCCCCAGCUGCUGCUAUGUAUAUGGGCCAGCCUCCGAUGCAGCAGUUCCCCAGCCAGCCCUCCGGACAGCCUAACUUCCAGACUUACCCAGGAGUGGGCGGAGCUAUGCCACCCACAACCAUGACGGGCGGUGUUAUGCCCCAGGGAGGAGGAGCCAUGAUGGGGCAGAACUCUGGCAUGAUGGUCGGUAUGGCGAUGCCCAACGGCGGUUACAUGGGUAUGCAGCAAGGCAUGAUGGGGCCUCCGGGCGGCGCUAUGCCAGCGGGGGCGGGGACUCCCCAGAUGUACGCCGCCAUGCAGCAGCAGCAACAACAGCAGGGCCAGUGGAAUGUGAACCAGAUGACCCAGCAGAUAUCGGGCAUCGCCAUGAGUGGUGGUGUGGCAGCGCCACCCGGCUUUGUUCAACCAGGUGCUCCCAUGGGUGGGGGGGUGGGUCCUCCCUCGGGCCAGACCCUCAGUACCCAGCUGUGGAAGUGAGGGAGGGGAGGGGGGAGAGUGGGAGAGGGAGGCAGAACAACCAUGUCACCCCAAAUCUCCUCCUCUACCCUCACUCACCAACUGCAAAACAGGAAACGACGCACAUGGGGCAAUCUAUGGACUGCUCCACUGUUCUCCCUCCUCCCCGUUUAUGAUUCCUUUAGAGACCCCUCUCUCCCUCUGUGUGCUGCGGGGGUGGAGUCUGGGGUGAAAACAGACUGGCAGCUGUGUGUUCAUUUCUUUACUUGGGACUUUUACUUUCUUAUUCUUUUGACUUUUUUUCUUUUGUUUAAAAAAAAAAACAUAUUGGCGAAAGAGAAAAGCUGCUGGACCAAUAAUACAAGCGUCUAAUAAUAAUAAUAAUAUAUCAUUACCAGAACCGAUAGUGAGUAAAUAGAUAUUUAAAUGGAGAGAUAUGGAUAACAUGUUGGUGACCCAUCAAUAUCAUGUGUGUAUAUUAUAUUGUACUCCCCUCUGGGCAUUCAGAGCUCCUGUAGCAAGACAUUGUAUGAUCCAGUACUGUAUUACUGUAUGUGUGUGAGAUAUAGACCCCCCCCCCCAGUGAGGUUGUGUUCUACCAUCUUACUGUGGUGUUUUGUUGUGUGCAGAACAAGAAGAUGCACAGUUCUGUCUGAUUGACACUACAAAGCCAAGCUGUACUGGGCUUGGCCUGGUUACGCAUCCACCAUAGUUGCUGGAAAUGACAGUGAAAAGACUAUAUCUGAGCCAGCACAGUAUGGUUCGUGGUGGCCAUUUAGUGUGAAUAGGGCAUUAGUUUGAGGCAAAUAAACCUGGACGACAGUCGGUGGGGCUGGGAGCUUACGUGGAGGGGGAGGGGACCAGAAUACGAGAGGAAAGAGAUGAUGCCAGUGAUGACAUAACGCUCCAGAUGAUUCAGGAAGUGUGUUGACAUUGGGAGCCUAAUGGAGCUGUCAGGGAUUGGAACAGUUGGCUUAACAUCACGUUUGCUUACUUCCCGGCCUCUAUGAUGACAUAAUCUCUGUCUAAUCCUGCUUUAUGUCAAUUUAUAGAUUAUAUAGUGGGGAAAGAAGGUGAAGAAAUACUGCAGGGGGAAAUAGGUGGUGCACUAGGAAUCAACAAACAAUAGAUCAAACACAGACAUUCUGUGUGUAGUUCUAAGUUGGAGAUGCUAUCCACAUACAGGGUCCCUGCCAUGUAAUAACAAGAGAACACACACUCAAGAGAAUUCAUACACACAGCUUGUCCUCCAGGUUUAUUUCUAGUGGUGUUUACAUUUUCUGGUGCCUAGUACAGAGAGAAAUGUUAUUUCCGUGCAUUAAACAGUGAAUAGCCAUGAACUAUUGUGACCAUUUUUGUCCAAUGACUCUUUUAUUGUAAAGUUGUUUUUUCUUUUCUUUUUCCUGCUUUUACAAGAGGGUCAUUUGGAAUAAAAGUUGUACUCCUGGA